AUGGCCAAUUCCAAGUACGAGUACGUCCGCGCCUUCGAGCGCGACGAGGUUUUACUGCCCAACACGUGGAUUGUGGUCCGGAUCGACGGGAGAGGCUUUCACAAACUGUCCACCCAUUACCACUUCACCAAACCCAACGAUGUGCGCGCCCUCAACCUCAUGAACCUCGCGGCCAGCCAUGUCGUAGCGUCCAUCCCCGACAUCACCAUCGCAUACGGUGUCUCGGACGAAUACAGCUUUGUGUUCCACAAGACGACGAACCUGUUUGAGCGGCGCUGCGCCAAGCUCGUCACCACCGUCGUGAGUACCUUCACGGCCGCGUAUGUUGCGCUCUGGCCGUCGACGUUUGAGGCGAGUGGCGGUGGGGUCGGCGAUGGCGAUGGCGGUGGCGGUGGCGAUGCACUGAGUCUUACGAUGCUGCCGACCUUCGAUGGGCGCGCCGUUUGUUAUCCCUCCUGGGGGAAUUUGAGAGAUUAUCUGAGUUGGAGACAGGUCGAUUGUCACAUCAACAAUCUCUACAACACGACCUUCUGGGCCCUCGUCCAACAAGGCGGCAUGUCGCCCACCGCGGCGGAGGAACAUCUCAAGGGAAGCGUGUCAAGUGACAAAAACGAAAUUCUCUGGUCCAAGUUCGGCAUCAACUACAACGACGAGCCCGACAUGUUCCGCAAGGGAAGCGUCAUCUUUCGAGAAUAUGCUCUCGAACCGUCCACUGGGCCGAAGCAAGAAGUAGGCAUCGAGGGAGCGGAUGAUGAAGUAGGUAUCGAGGGAGCGGAUGAUGAGAGUCGUGGGCUCCAAAGCCCCGUCACAAAGACCCAAGCGGAGAAGAUGAAGAAAAUUAGGCGCAAAGCAAAGGUCGUCACGAGCCAUGUCGAUAUCAUCCGCGACGAGUUUUGGCUUCACAGGCCUUGGAUCAGGAGUGGCAAGCCGGGAAAGUUGAUCGUUGACCAUGUAAAGUCCUAG